GUUUCGUUGUUCUGUGUUACAAAUAAUGCUACAACUGUUAAAUUUCAAAAAUUAGUUUAGUUUUUAGCUUUUAAUUUUGUGAAAUAGUAUCUAAUUCUUCGCUUAUUUUUAAAAGUGAAUGUUUUAAUUUGUUGCUCCAAGGCCAAAGCAAGGUUGAUGAUGGUGAUGUGAAGGAAAAACUUCUACUACUACUUGUAUGUUAUUGGUGACGAUUGACGAAUAUGGAAGGUAUGUGGGUUUGUGAGGAAGCUCCCAUUAAAAACCUGGAAAUGACGUUUUCCAGUGGGGCGAGUGUUAAUGUUUACAUACAGUUUAAAUUUUAAGAAACGGUGAAAGAUAAAUAAUACAUUACUAAGUUCGUGGAAUCUCUAACUUGAUUAGAAUUGAUUUAAAUAUCCACUUAGGCUUAGAACAGCACAAUUGAAUAUCGACUAACAGAAAUAUAAAUUAUACAUCUCACCUUGAUUAAAUAGACCAAUACAUUUAUUUCUCGAAUGUGAAAUACUAUACUUCCAAACAAGCAUUAAUACUUCAUAACAAAUAUGGCUGGUUCAUCUUCAGGUUUUGCUGGGCCUAAUCCACCUAAAAAACAUGGCCUGAGUCGCUUUUCUCUUGCCAGAUUUUUUAACAUAUCCUCUUAUACACAUCGGACAACUGCACAACGUUGUCCUGCCGCUAGUUUUGACGGUGAUAGACGUUCUGAAAGUAGUUCUAUUGGUUUAGGAACAGGCGUGCCAAUAAAACAGCACACUCAACAAAGUAGCCGGGAUUCCAGUCGCUUUCCAUUGGCUGGUCCAUCCUCCUCUAGUUCUGAGUCGAGCUCUUUUCGUAAUAUCAACAUAGAAAGCAAGGAAAACUCACAGGAUGGCCUGAAGAAAAUCAAAGAGUUUCUAGAGUGUCCCCUUUGCCUUUUUGAGCUCCCUCGUCAUAGUUUUCCUGAAUUAAGAUCUUGCACUCAUCGUGCUUGUUACCAAUGCCUACAACAGUAUUUAAGAAUAGAGAUUACAGAAAGCAGAGUAAAUAUUUCUUGUCCAGAGUGCACAGAACCCAUCCACCCGAGUGACAUCUGCAUGAUAAUUAACGAUGACAUACUCCUCGGUAAAUAUGAGUCUUUCAUGCUCAGAAGAGUCCUCAUCACUGAACCUGAUGCCCGAUGGUGUCCUGCUCCAGACUGCGGAUAUGCUGUGAUUGCCAGAGGCUGCGCCGGUUGUCCUAAAUUGAAAUGUGAGCGACCGGGGUGUAACACAUUCUUUUGCUACCACUGCAAACAGGAAUGGCACCCAAAUCAGACCUGUGAUGCUGCUCGUGCUCAAAGGGCCAAUCCACGUUCAUCAUCCCUAUCAUUUAGUCAAGACUCCAUUGUUCAAAGUGAUGACAUCAAGCCAUGUCCUUGUUGUAAAGUUUUAAUUAUCAAAAUGGAUGAUGGCUCCUGCAAUCACAUGACAUGCAGCGUGUGUGGGACAGAAUUCUGCUGGCUCUGCAUGAAAGAAAUUUCUGACCUUCAUUAUUUGAGCCCGUCUGGUUGUACAUUCUGGGGUAAGAAACCUUGGAGUAGAAAAAAGAAAAUAAUGUGGCAGCUGGGCAUGCUGGUAGGAGCUCCUGUAGGAAUUGCAUUGAUAGCCGGCAUUGCAGUUCCUGCUAUUAUUAUAGGCAUUCCAGUUUGGGUCGGGAGAAAGCUUCAUGCAAAAUAUACUCGUCCAGCGACCAGCAAACAUAGCAGAAAUCUUAUUGUCACCAGCGGAGUUGUCGCCUCCGUUGUAGUCUCACCUAUACUAGCUGGGAUUGCAGUAGGAAUUGGUGUGCCUAUUUUAUUAGCUUAUGUGUAUGGUGUUGUUCCCAUAUCGCUUUGUAGAUCCGGAGGAUGUGGCGUUUCUACCUCUGCAUCUGGUGUCCGAAUAGAAUUUGAUGAGGAACAAGGAAUCGGAAUGGGAAACAAUCAAUCUGGAGUUAAUUAUGAUGGGGCUAGUGUAGACACAACUGCAAGCCAGAGGGGUGUGAAUCCAAGUAUAGGUGAAAUAUCCUUGGGAAUGUCGGCCAGUUUGAGCUUGGGAAGUGGCAGCCAUCUCGACCGCAUUGCCUUGAAUCAGGACAGAGACAAUGAUCCUGAAAAUGCAAGCAACGUUGCUCUUGCUGGCAGUAUAGCUAGUGCAUCCUUAAUGGCUGCUAAAUUAGAAGUUCAGGCUGAUGUUUCAUCAAAUAAAAGAUUCAGCUUGAGUAGUCACAGUGAGACAGCAUCCGCAACAGUCAGUGCAAACAUGUCUCUUGCAGAUGAUGCCAGUAUGAAAGCUCUAGCAGGUUCCAUUCUUGGAUACAGAGAUAGUUCAGCCGUGACACCCGUAGAAGUUCACGUAGAUGCUCAAAACCCUGAUGUCACUUUAGAAGCUUACUCCAGGGAUCAGGCAGACGUUAGCUCAACUUUUCAAGAGUACUUACAACUCGUCGGAUCUUCUGAGUCUGCAUCUGUUCCUUAUCUUUCUGCCAGUGAUUGCAUGCUGUAUCCUGCCUUAAGACUGAAACUGUCAAAGAGCUGCAAAAAGCGCUACCACAGCAGCACAGUCCCCGAAGAGUCAGAUUCCCAUAGGAGUGGCGAAAUGGUUUGCGAAAACCACUGCCUACCAGGCCAUGUUCACUUCAACAAGUUGAAAGAAUGCUGCGUCAGCUACAUCGACGAGAGUCCUUCGGCCGACAGUCUUGCCAAACCGGCUGAAAGCUGUUCAAACUCAGAAUGCCACCUGGUCAGGGUCUGUCGUUCGGCAACCGACAAGCCAUCAAAGUUUUUGACGCGCACGAAACUGUCUCGUGAAACAAAAUGUGUUACUCGGUCAAUCAGUUUCUGCAAUAGCUGCACGUCGACUCACAGGUCGUGCUGCCCGUCAGCAUUCCGCAGCAGUGGAACGGUUCCUAAAAAGAACAUCAUCAAUAGGUCAGAUAGUGGUUCAGAAUCGAAUGCCUUAUCUACUAGAGCUUAUAUGUUCCCUUGCAGUUUGCAGGAUAUCUCCGUUGAAGUCGCGAUCGAUGACUGUCCCUCCUCGACAACAGUUCCUGCUGCACCCUCGAGCUCUAUACACUUCACCAAAGCUCUGCAACCCCCCCUGUCUGACAGGCAAGAGUGCUGCACCUCUUGCACGAGACAUUCCUCAAAAGAAGAUAGGACAUGCUCACUAAAUAUAAGCAAAGCAGACAACACUCAUAUUGAAUUGGAAAUGUUGUAAACAUGUACUGAAAAAAUAACAUAUUAUUUGUGUCAAUAUUGGCUUACCCAUCAGGGAUGCCCUACUCUCAAAGAAAUUUUGGCCUUGGAUUUAUAAAAAAAAGUUUUUAAAAAUAUCAAAUAUUAUUUUUUUUCUUCUUUCAAAUUUUACCGUAUAGUCUUCUUUCUUUGUUAAUCUUUUUAUUUUGAUGCUGCAUAAUAAGAAGCGUGGGAUUUAUCAAUGUAGACUUUUUCUUGAUGAAAGUUCUUUUAGAAUCUAAUUUAACACAUUCGCAUAAUUAUUUUACUAAGUUUAAAUUAUGUUCCACGUCUUGAUUCUUCUGAGGUAGAUUUUUGUUAUGAGUUUUAAUCACUGAUGUCAGAGAUUUUAAGUGAAAGACAUGUUAUUUUGUCAGAGUUGUGGAAAUGCAAUCUCUCUUUUAAUCUAGGUUUCAUCUGUGAUUUCUUCUAGAAACUAUCAAUUAACUAUCUAGUUCAUCUAAUGUGCAUAAAUAACGAUUAUUCUUUACAAAAUGACCUAAUAUUAUGAAAAACUGUUGUUAUUUUCAAAAUAACAUCAGAUAUGUGAAAGUUCAUGUCUUACAUUAUCCUUAUGUAAUGCACCAGGUUAAUUGUAAAAGUCUCUUAUACUUUCUAAACAACAUGGCAGUUUUUAUGCUUUUUUAUUAUCAGUCCAUUUAUUUUUAGGGUAAUUAUAAAAUAUAUCUGUUGCUUCAUUAGCCUUAUUUAUCUAUAGCUGUUUGCAAUGAGACUAAAGCUUAUUACAAUGUGUCUAAGUGAUUUUAGGCUGAUUGAGUUAUUUUUUACACAUUUUCUAAUUACCUUAUAUUAAAUUAUAAUAGACCUAUAAAGUGUAUAGGCAUAUAAAGUGUUAAUCUGAUUUUAAAUAAUGAAGAUUUUUUGCAAUCAACCUGGCGUUUUUCAAAAAUGACUGCUACAUUUGCAAAGAACCCAUUUUUUCCAAUUACAUAUAUGCCAUUUUUAUGUAUAAUUUGUAGAAUAUUAAGUUAAUCAAAAUACUGUUGUGUGUACAGGGCCUGAUUAUCGCCUAGGCCCAAUAGGCACGGGCCUAGGGCCUACACUUUCUAGGGGGCCUCAAAAAUUAGUAAAAAGUCCACAAUAUUACUAUUUUUUUUAAAUACUGAAAGAAACAGUUUUUCUCAAAAAAUUCACUUUUUUUUUUCUUCUUCAAAUUUUCCUUAUAUCGUGAUAAACCAAACUCGUGUAAACAUUGCACUAAUCAAAUUCGAAAGUACAGCUGAAUUUGAAUUGGUGUAGUUUUUACGUCAACGGCGUAAGUGAAUGCACUGAAUAUAAAUUUUAAUUUUUUGAAAGUGAUAUCUUUAAAUAAAUUAUUAUUUAAAUGUGUUUUUUUUAAUUUUCUAUGAGUAGCUAUAAUUUUGGCUCCUUUUGGAUAUUUUUUGUGUGUAUUUUUUUUAUAAAAAUUAUAAUUAAUAACCUUAAUAUCUUAGCAUACAUGCUGAACUUAACGUUAAAUCUACUGAAAAGUCGGCUAGCUUUGUGUUGGUUUAAGUACUAAA